AUGGUAAUCCCACCAUCUACCGGCGGCGCGAGCAAUGCGUCCGCUUCCCUCGCGCCUGCCGUUUCGUCCUUCCGCGCCGUCAAUGCCCCUCAACCCGCCGUUGCACACGAUCCAAAUCCUGUCGUCGAAGGAUGGCGCACCAUGUCACCUGCCAACGGCUUUACCUCCAUCCAGGCUCAAGCUGCCGCCGCUGGAGCGACCCCGAACGGCAUAUCAACACCGACGGGCUCGGUCCAGGGAUCGUCGCAAAAGCAGCACGUGAACGGAUCCGCGAAUGCCCCAUCGAGCGCAGGCCAGCGAACCCGCGUGGGGAACCUCAUCCCGGUGAAUCCUCAAGCACCGCCGAAUAGCACGGGCGGAGGGUUUCCGUUGAGUUCAAGAAAGGCUCUUCCUCUAGAUCUGGCUACGGUCGAACGACGAUUGCCGCCGCAGGAUGGGCUCCCGCCCGGGUCGAAUGGGCGCGCAAUGCCGGAACCGAUUAAGAUGUCGAGGCAUUUCGGACUGGAUGAGGCACCGACGUAUCGGCCCACCGAAGAGGAGUUCGCGAAACCGUUCGAUUUCAUACGAAGCAUCGCCGAAGAAGGCCGGCGGUAUGGCAUCGUGAAGAUCAUUCCACCGGACACAUGGAAUCCACCAUUCACGAUCGAUACAGAAAAAUUCCAUUUCCGGACUCGAAGACAGGAACUCAAUGAGGUGGAAGGGAGCAACCGAGAAAAUGUCACAUAUCUCGAAGCACUUGCCAAGUUCCACAAGCAGAACAGCAACACCAACCUCAAUCGAUUUCCUAGCGUCGAUAAGCGUCCCCUCGACUUAUAUCGCCUCAAGCGCCUCGUGGAAGAGAAAGGAGGUUUCGACACCGUAUGCAAAGGCAAACGAUGGGCCGAGAUUGGCCGAGACUUGGGAUACAGCGGCAAAAUCAUGUCGUCUCUGUCGACGAGCUUGAAGAACUCCUACCAAAAAUGGCUGCAGCCGUUCGAAGAGUAUAUCCGACUCAACAAACAUACCGUGCGAUAUCAACAAGAACUCGACAAUGGCGGACCCUACACUCCGAGUCCUGGACCGAGUCCCGUCAAACAAAGCCCCCCGACAGCCAUAACCGGCAUGUCUCCCGCUGCACGAGCAUCACAGGCACUCCAUGCGACUCUUCAAAACGGAGCUCCUCCUGCUUUCGAACCACAACCCCAAGAAGUGUCUCACGAAACCCCACCUCGACCAUUCCCGUCCUCGGGAUUUACAGCGGUCAACUCCGGGUUCACUGCCGUUAAUGCUCCCCAACACUCCCCACCUGCACCUGCGCCCACCCAACAAAGCCUCACCGGCUCCUUCCCCGCCAUCAAUUUCCCCAACGGCAUCACCAACGGCGGCGACACUGGACGCUCUACCCCAAUGACCACCGGCAGUCCAAUGGGUAGCGCAAAAGGCACUCCGGAUCUUCGCGAUGCCUACGGUGUCGGCCACAUCCCCAACGGCCACCUCAACCCCCUCAAACGGACCGACUCCGAAUUAAGCAACGAAGACCCCUCUGGGCGACGAAGCAAACGAGUGAAGCGGGAAAACGCACCCACCGUGGUCGGCUCGUUCAUGUCGCAGCCGAAGCAGCCUAUCAAAACGCCUGGCCUCCGCGACCGGGUCAUCACCCCUGGUGAGGCUUGUGAAAUAUGCGGGAAGAUGGAUACACCACUGCACGGGUGUGACGGCUGCGAUAGCGUGUAUCAUGAGGGCUGUCUCGACGAGAAAAACCGCCCAGCUUCGGACGGCGAAUGGCAUUGUCCGAAGUGUCUGGUCGGAACGGGAGAGUACGGGUUCCAAGACGGAUAUAUCUACUCGCUGAAGCAGUUCCAAGAGAAGGCACGCUUGUUCAAAGAGAAUCACUUCGCGUCGAAGAUGGUGUUCGAUCCGAUCGCGAACAAGAAGCGAGACGUCCCGGAAGAUGAAGUGGAGCGCGAGUUCUGGAGAUUGGCCGAGAGCUUGACGGAGUCGGUCGAAGUCGAGUAUGGCGCGGACAUCCACUCGGGUAUCCAUGGAAGCGGGUUCCCGACGAUCGAAAAAUUCCCUGACGAGCGAUACUCGCGAGAUCCAUGGAACCUGAACAACAUGCCCUUGGACAAGGAAUCGCUUUUCCGACACAUCAAGUCCGACAUCUCCGGCAUGACUGUGCCGUGGGUGUACGUGGGGAUGUGCUUCUCGUGCUUCUGCUGGCACGCCGAAGAUCAUAAUUCCUACUCCAUCAACUACCAACAUUUUGGAGAUACUAAAACGUGGUAUGGCAUACCCGCCGACUCGUUCGAGGCGUUCGAGCGAGCCACCAAGGAGUUGGCACCAGAUUUGACCGAGAAGCAACCAGAUCUGCUCUACCAGCUGGUGACGCUAUUCACGCCAGACAAGCUGCGUAAGUACGGUGUCAACGUCUACGCAGCCGAUCAACGAGCUGGACAAUUCAUCGUUACCUUUCCACAGGCCUAUCAUGCCGGGUUCAAUCAUGGCUUCAACCUCAACGAAGCGGUAAACUUCGCACCGAGUGACUGGGAACCGUACGGCGAGACCGGCGUCCUCCGACUCCGCGACUUCCGACGACCGCCAUGCUUCUCCCACGAUGAAUUACUCGUGACGGCCGCUGCACGCGACCAUAGCAUCAAAACGGCACGGUGGCUUGGCCCUGCGCUGGAGCGCAUGCUGGAACGGGAGCUCCUCGCGCGGGAGGAUUUCAAGACGCGUCACAUGGCGGCGAUGAAGGAGCGUUGGGAAGACAGACGAUUGGAGCUGGGGCUAUACAGCGAUCCGCAACCCGGGGUCAAUCGGCCUCUGGAACUUCUAGGUGGCCCACCUGAAGGUCUGGAAUUGCUCGACCAUGUCUGCAAGCUUUUUGACAAGGAUCAUGUCCCGGUCACGACAAGUAGUUGCUCCCUGCUGUUCGCCAAAGAAGAUCCGACGGUCAGCGAGGAAGACUACGUGUGCUCAUACUGCAACUCGUACUCAUUCCUGUCAAGGUUCUACUGCGCAACAGCGAAAAAGUCCUUCUGUCUCAUCCACGCUGGAACGGUCGAGUGCUGCGGUGAGACGAACUGGCUAUUUACGUCGCGAUCCCUGUAUGACUCGGAGAUCCCGGCACAUGGCACGGAGAUCGGGCAUCACAUCGCCUUCUUCCGACACCAAGACGACGCGUUGAAAGAGAUCGUGCAGAAGGUGGUCGACGUCGCCAUCACUCCGAACAACUGGGAGAAGAAGCUCGAGAAAGUGUGCCACGAGACUGCGACCCCCCAAUUACGGACGCUCCGCAGCUUGCUUGCUGAGGGCGAGAAGAUCAACGCGCAAUGGCCGAUUGGCGAAGAAUUGACGCAUCUGAAGCGUUUCGUCGAGCGAUGCAAUGAAUGGGUGGACGAGGCCACCGGAUACGUUACUCGCAAGCAGCAAAACCGCCGAAAGAACGAGAAGGUCUGGCGUCGCAGCACGAUCGGCAGUCGCAACAAGUACGACGACGACGAUCGAGACAAGGAGUACCGGAACGUCGAUCACCUGACGACUCUGCUGUCGCGGGCGGCUGAGCUCGGAUUCGAUUGUUCCGAGAUCGGGCAGCUGCAGGAGCGCAAAGAGCGGAUUGAGGAGUUCCAGGACAACGCACGAAAAGCCCUGGCGGAUCCCCGCUCGCAGGACGUCAAGGACCUCGAUGACUUGCUGGAAGUUGGACGAAGUUUCGGUUUGGACAUCCCCGAAAUGGAACGGCUGGAUCGACUGGUGCAGCAGAUCAAGUGGUGGAACCGAGCGCAGGACCUGACAAACAAUAUCGAAAACUUGACGCUCGAAGACCUGGCGGAGUUCUUGAACAAAGCCACCGAGGUGGGCAUUCCAGAGGCGGACCCGGUGCUUUACUACAUCAAGGAGUUGAAGAACCAGGGAGAGUUCUGGGAGAACAAGGCCAAGGAACUCAUGUCUGUCGAAAACGUGCACUACCAACAACUGGACGCGUUGUCGAAGCAGGCAGCCCAGCUCCCCGUAUCCAAGACCACCUUGGCAAAGGUCGAUGCGAUCCUGAAGAAACAGCGCGACGCCCAAGACCAGAUCCAGAAUCUUCUCGAUCGCAGCAAGAACCCCGACUUCCGCCAGCGACCCAAGUACACCGAAGUGCGCGAUGCGAUGGAAGCGGUCAACCAGCUCAACUCGAAGCCCGCGGGGACGAUCGACCUGGAGAAAGAGCAGCGACGCCACGAAGACUGGAUGCGGCGCGGGAAGAAGCUGUUCGGGAAGGCGAACGCGCCGCUGCAUAUCCUGCUCCAGCACAUGAAGUACGUGGAUGAACGGAACAAGGCAUGCUUCGACCUGAGCGAUCAGCCACGCAUGCCCGUGGAGCCGAGCAGUCGCGAACACACGCCGAACGAGGACCAGCCGCAGAGCCAGAGGGAUGUGUUUUGUAUUUGCCGGAAGCCGGAGGCGGGGAUGAUGGUGGAGUGUGAGCUGUGUCACGAAUGGUAUCACGGUCGCUGCUUGAAGAUCGCUCGCGGAAAACUCCGAGAAGACGACAAAUACACCUGUCCUAUUUGCGAUCACCGCGUCACCAUCCCCCGCGAUGCGGCGCGACCCAAGCUCGAAGACUGCGUUGACUGGCAAGUCGAGAUUCCGGGCCUCCCUUUCCAACCGGAAGAAGAGGAGUGUCUGGCAUCCAUCCGUGACACCGCCACCGCCUUCCGCAACUUCAUGCAGUCCUUCAUGAACCCGAUGCUGAGCAACCCCGACGAGCUGACCACGCAGCGCUUCUAUCUCCGCAAGCUCGAAGGCGCCGACAUCCUCCUCUCCGCAGAGAUCAACUUCUUCCGCCAGGAACUGCACAAAUGGGCCCCCGUCGCCCCGGACCCGCCCCGCAUGAUUGCUGCGAGCCUGUCAACCCGCAAACCGCGACCGACCAAGCAGCAGAAGCUCAUGCAGCAGUACGGCGUCUCCACCCCGGAUGAUCUGCCUGCGCACAUCCGCAUCCGUGGCUCGGGCCGCGGACGGAAAGCAUCCGAUGCGCACAGCGUCACGCGGCCCCAGUCGGCGGGAAGCUCGCACGCUAGUGCCCCGCCGUUCGGAGGCACGCCGAUCCCCGGGGCGGCUGCCGGUGCCGGCCGUGGGCGCGGCGGCCAUUACCAGUCCGAGGGUCGGCCUCACUCGAACUCCAUGUCCGCCUCCGGAGACCACGCCAUGCAAUCACCCAGCGUGACGUACCACCAUCACCACCAUCACCGACCGUCACUAGGCCUCGUGGGCCACCCCGACGGCGCGGAUGGACCCGCGGGGAUGCCGAGCGAUGGACUCGGGCCCGCGCAUGCACACCAACCCCCGCGCGACCAAAGCCCCCCGCUGUUCUUCUCGGCGUCCAGCGAGACGCACCCCCGCGACCCCAGCGUCGCCAUGUCGAUGCCCCUGCCGCCGACGACGCUCUCGCACGUCGACGACAUCGUGAUGAACGACGGGCCGUAUUUCUCGGGGCACUACGCGAUGGGGGGACCGAGCACCGGGGGACGGGGGGUCGGGGCGGAGGAGGCGGUGGAUCCAAUGAUCGAUCCCGGGUUGAUGGAGGGGCAGGGGCCGGAAGGGGAGGGGGGGAACGAGGAUAGUUUCGUGAGUGGGGGGAGUGGGGAUAUGUUUAAGGAGAUGAUGAAUAUGGAGGAGGAUGGGGAUGGGGAGAAAGAGAGGGGGUGA